AUGAUGGAGGGUGGAAAAUAUCCUCUCAUUGUCUCUCCAGUAACCAAAUGGAAGUUAAAGGUAGGAGUAGCUAGGAAAGAAAGGGCUGACAUGGAGGUAAGAAAAAGGAGAGUAAAAAAGCGGAGGCAGCUUAGAAAAACAGCAGCGUACACGGAACAGUG